CAAACUGCCCAAGAAUGUGUGGAAUAGGGGAAGUUUCUGUUAUAUCGAUAUGGUGCACCAGUGAAUACCAAAGGGCAGUCUUAACGAGUAAAAACGACGACCCCUGUAAUUCCCGCUCUCUAUGACUAUCAGCAGAAGAGCUCCUCCCUGAUAUCUUCACGGCUGCGAUCUGCGCUCAUUAUCUCCACCGCCUUUCGAUUUCAGAUUUGUCCGCAUAACCACUCAGACCUUGGUUGUGUUGUACACAGGUCUAACUCAUAGAAGUUUGUAGUGUAAGUGAGAAACCAUGACUGCCUUAGAUGUAACGAGGACAGAACUUGCUCUUGCUGUUAUGUAUUUGAACAAAGCAGAGGCAAGGGACAAGAUAUGCAGAGCCAUUCAAUAUGGUUCAAAGUUCUUGAGUAAUGGAGAGCCCGGAACUGCUCAAAAUGUUGAUAAAUCAACUAGCUUGGCCCGCAAAGUGUUCCGUCUUUUCAAGUUCAUCAAUGAUCUGCAUGCCCUUAUCAGUCCAAGUGCUCCGGGAACUCCACUUUCUCUAGUGUUGUUGGGAAAGUCAAAGAAUGCAUUGCUAUCCACGUUCUUGUUCUUGGAUCAAAUUGUAUGGCUUGGCAGGACAGACAUAUACAAGAAUAAAGAGCGUGCUGAGUUACUUGGUAGGAUCUCCCUUUUUUGUUGGAUGGGUUCAUCAGUCUGCACCACUUUGGUUGAGAUCGGGGAGCUUGGAAGGCUUUCAGCAUCAAUGAAGAAGUUGGAGGCUGAGCUUAAAAAUACUAACAAAUACCAGAACGAGCAAUAUCGUAGUAAACUUAAGAAGUCAAAUGAUAGAUCUGUCGCACUGGUCAAAGCAGGGUUAGACAUUGUAGUUGCGGUUGGGUUACUUCAAUUGGCACCCAAAAAAGUUACUCCGCGUGUGACAGGAGCCUUUGGAUUAGUCAGCUCUCUCAUAUCUUGUUAUCAGUUGCUCCCUUCACCAGCAAAGACGAAGAUGCCUUGAUGAGAGCUGCCAAUAUUUGUCAAGUGAUCAUCCCGUCUUUUGCUACAAUAAUUACGUGUGAAAAAGGGUUGUUUGUUGCUACAAUAAUUACGUGUGAAAAAGGGUUGUUUGUUGCUUACGUUGCUUCCCUCUGUUGGUGCACAUUGUAACAUGAGAUUUCACUUGCCUCAGUUUUUUAAAAUAAAUUCUCUUAUGUC